CAGCGGCUCGUCUUUCCCAAUGCUGUCGCCCGCUGUUCACUGUUGUUGCGCACCUUUUGCAAUUAUACUAGGUACUAAGGAUAGUCUGCGAGUCUAUGAGUCUUCGACCUUUCAGCCCAUCCCACGUUCCCGGGACUUAAUCCACACCAUAUGGGGUUAACGCGAGCUAGGCCAUCACUCAUCAAGGAAUUUGAUCUUGAUAACCACGAUGUGAAACCAACCUAGACUGCGCGCCAUGAUACAUCAGAUUCUCCGCCAUGUUGCUACCUUCCAUCUGAUCAAAUUCAUAUCAUAAAGCGGCCCGGCCUCCCCCUCCCCAUACGGGUGAUCCGUUACCACGAGUCCGACCCGCCCCUGACCUCCAAUCCAAACCCCCUACCCUUCGCCAUGUCGAACGCAACGACCUCAGCGAAGAUUGGGAAACCGCCAAACAACACGAGGGACUACAACAUCAUCAGGGGUAUCUACCGACAGUAUGGCGUUACGACGCUCGACCCCAGUCUGGGUUACCUCUUCGCCGCAAAGGAGCCCGCGAACGCCGUUCACGAGUCUAAACAGGGCGCCAUCAUCGCAGGAAUGAUUAUUGUCCUACUCGCCAUCAUCGUACCAACAGCAGGAAGACUUUGGGUUCGCGGACGGGGAGCACAAACCAAGUUUGGAUGGGACGACUGGGUUAUCAUAGCGGCGGCAACCCUCGCAGUGGUAUAUCCGAUACUACAGAUCCUCGUCGUCGUCGACGCAGGAGGCGGCACACACACCUGGGAGAAUACGUACGACGACUACCAGUUCUACUCCUACUACCUCACCAUCUGCCGACUGCUAUACUACCCCACGGUCGGCAUCAUCAAGAUAUCCAUCACUCUCUUCAUCAGAAGGCUCGUCGACACGGCGUACAGGACGUGGAGAAUUCUUGCGGAUGUUUUCCUCGUCACGGUUGUUGCGUAUGUUAUUGCCGCCUUGUUCUGGAGCAUCUUCCUCUGCAAUCCGCCACGAGCUGUUUGGGACAGAGAGUUUGCAGGAGCCUUGGCAGAGCCAGCAACGUGUGGAAACCAGUUCCUCAGUGCGAAGGUCCUCAGCAUCAUCCACGUGGUGCAGAGUGUUCUCCUCCUAGCAACACCAAUCAUUAUCUUGUGGAGCAUUCGUAUUGAUAGAGGCAAGAAGAUUAGGCUCUUCAUCAUCUGGGCUGCGGGAGGGCUGACCGUCACUGGCGGUUUGUUGCAACAGCUGCAGCCAUUCACGUCAACUGACAUUUUCUGGGACUACACCAUCAUCCUGAGAUGGACGGUGCUCGACAUAUCCAUGGGCAUCGUGACGGCCUCACUACCGGUGCUUGACGCGGCCAUCAUGGGAUCAUGGCAUGCGGCAAAAUCUACACUCGGGCUCUCGAAUCCAGACAAGCAGAACAGCAGGGGGACGAAAGGCACCAGAGGAACAAACGUCGAGACAAUCAGUUCCGGGCCACGGAAGAACUAUGCCAGCUCGGCCGAGAACAUCGUCGGCAAGGACGACGGCCUUGAAAUGGACGUUAUUCAACACAACGGCCCCGAUGAUACGGGUGACAAUCACUCGAUUCCAGACACUACGGGCCAUGAUAGACGGCACAGGGUCAAUAACAUGGUAUGAAGAAACGAUCUAGAUGAUAGAAGGAACAUAGUGUAAUCGAUAAACAUAGAAAAGAUAUCAAAACACCAUUGCUAUGCAAACUCCAACCAGAAUCCAUCGU